AGAGGGCGCGGACGUGUGCUAAAUGGAACAACAUUAAUAAUAUCAAAUAAAACAAAAUUAACAAAUCAUCAACAAUUUCAUCUAGAACUCGUAAAGUUAUUGUAUUCGGAAUGGUCGUGAUGGCUGUAAGGGUUAAAGAUAUUGGGGAUAAUGUUACUUUAGCAAGGGAGAUGUUGAUGCUAGGGAAUUAUGAAAGCUCGGAGGUUUAUUAUGAGGGUGUACUACAGAUGAUUAACAGACUAAUCUUAAAUAUACCUGAGGCAGGAAGGAAGAAUAAAUGGCAGGAGGUCCAGAAGUUAAUAGCUGAAGAGUAUGAGCAUCUGAAAGUCCUGAAAAACAUGCUGAACAAUUGGAGGAUGGAAAUCAGUGGAGAGACACCAAUUGGGGCUAGGAGACCAUCUUUGAGAGAUGAUCCAGUCAGAGAUAUUAGUGAUUUAUUAUCAUUGGAUUCACUUGGACUGCAUGACCCUGAUGUAUGGCCAGCACCCAUAGCAGUUGAUCACAGUUUUGGUAACAACAGGACCAAUGGCCCUGCAAAGUCCAGAAUCACUAAAAAACCAGAUCCCAAGAAGCCGAUUAACUAUAGCAGAACUAAUUCUUCAACGGCAGCAUCGAAGAGGAAAGAAAUAAACAGACCUGGCAAGAGCACAAACAAGGAGGAUCGACCGUCGUCGUCCAAGUCCGAACGUAAUCAAGAUAAUAGUAAAGCUGAGAAAGAAGAAAAUACUGAGAAGGAAAAGGGAGAAGCUGAACCUGAGGAGAGGAAAUUUGAAUGUCACGGGAUGGAGCGCGAAUUGGCAGAUACGCUUGAGAGAGAUAUCGUGCAGAAGAAUCCUAAUAUUAGAUGGGACGACAUUGCAGACUUACAAGAAGCUAAAAGAUUGCUAGAGGAGGCGGUUGUUUUACCGAUGUGGAUGCCAGAAUUCUUCAAAGGCAUCCGAAGGCCAUGGAAGGGUGUUCUAAUGGUAGGACCACCAGGAACGGGAAAAACAAUGUUGGCAAAAGCUGUUGCUACUGAAUGUGGCACAACAUUUUUUAAUGUUUCAUCGAGUACACUAACAUCAAAAUAUAGAGGAGAGUCCGAAAAGAUGGUCCGGCUGCUUUUCGAGAUGGCAAGAUUUUAUGCUCCCAGUACUAUCUUCAUAGAUGAGAUAGAUUCGCUUUGUUCUCGCAGAGGAUCCGAGUCCGAGCAUGAAGCAUCUCGCAGGGUGAAAUCAGAAUUACUGGUGCAAAUGGAUGGUAUAACGGCAAAUAACGAUGAACCCGGUAAGGUAGUUAUGGUGCUUGCUGCCACAAACUUUCCUUGGGAUAUAGACGAGGCUUUAAGACGUCGAUUAGAGAAGCGCAUUUAUAUUCCUCUUCCCACCGAAGAAGGACGGGAAGCUUUGCUAAAAAUCAACUUGCGCGAAGUGAAGUUGGAUCCAGAUGUGAAUCUCAUUGAUAUUGCCAAGAAACUGGACGGCUAUUCUGGAGCGGAUAUCACAAACGUCUGCAGAGAUGCAUCGAUGAUGUCGAUGCGUCGUAAGAUCUUCGGAUUGAAACCGGAUCAGAUAAAACAACUACCCAAGGAGGAGCUCGAUCUACCCGUUACUGUGCGCGAUUUCGAGGAAGCCGUCGAGAAAAAUAAUAAGAGCGUCUCCAAGGAUGACUUAGAUAAGUAUGAUAAGUGGAUGAAUGAGUUCGGAUCUUCAUGAUAGUAUUGCAGAAAAAUCCUAUUUCACCGCUUUCAUUUAUUAACACACCAACUUAAGACACGGAUCUUAAUAUUUCAUAUCAAAAUGAAAAACAUUAUAAAAUACACAUAUAAUUAUAAUUCUAU